AUGCCACAACCAUCAUCAGGUGAAGAUAUUUAUGACUAUCUGGCAGGAUUUGAGACUACAUGGGCGUUGAAUUUGCCUCACAAGACGAAGGAUGGAUUAAAAGCACGACAAGAUCUUGAAGCGUUGGGUAUUAAGACUGAAUUACGACCUCAACCAAAGGGGGAUCGACAUUGGCUUCCGCCUGCCAAGCAACAUAUGUUGGAACUGAAGGAUCUGAACCCCCGUCGCGCUCGCAAAAGUACAUGGUUGCAGAGCCAACAUAGUCGGACAUUUAUUACUUGGUUUAAGAAAGAGGUUGAAAAACGUUUGGCUAACGAGGAAGAUAUUUGUGAUGAUGUUCGUUGGUUGGCCAAAGGGCCUAAUUUUGCUAUUAGUAAAUAUAGCGGUUUUGCCAUAAAUGAGUAUCAUUUUCAUACAACAUCUCGAGAUGAGUCUAGAACAACUCAAUGCAGUGGAGUAUCUUUAGUUGCAUAUACUAUGCAGAUUGCUAGUGCAAAAGACUCCAAUCCUGUGUAUGGUGUUGUUACUUACUUUGGUCGUAUAAAGGAGCUAUGGGAUCUUGAUUAUCGCAUGUUUACUAUGUUAGAUUAG